AUGAAUAAAAAAUUUAUUUUAUUAUUUAUAUUUUUAUUAUUUUCACUGAUAAAAAGUGAAAAUAUCAUAAUUAUAAAUAAUGAAACUUUUUUAAAUCAAACAAAUUUAAUUUUAAAUUCAUAUUAUUCACUAAAUGAUAAUAUUUUCAAAACUUCAAUAAUAAAUAAUGAAUUAAUAUUCCAAGAUUCAAGUAUAACAUUUUUAAAUCAACAUGAAAAAACAUCAAUUUACAAAGAAGAUUUAUUAAUUAAAAAUGGAGAAUAUCAAUUAAAUGGUAAAUCAACAAUUCCAAUAAUUUUUAUAAGUUUACAACAAAUUUUAAAUUCAAUAAAUCCAGUAUUGGAAUUAUCAAAUAUUGAACCAAUAACCAAAAUUACAGCAAUUGUAAAUUCUUAUGAUGGUAAUGUGAUUGUAGAAGGUUAUGAAAGAAUUCCAAUUUUUUAUAAUGAAUUACAAAAUAAAGUUGAAUUUUAUCAAUCAAUUUCAGAUAUUAUUGCUCAUAUGAUUAUUGAUUCAAUUAAACCAAACCUUGUUUCAAAAAAUAAAGAUAGUUUAUUUCAAAAUUAUGAUUUAACAAUUAACGAUUGGGAAGAAUCAAUAUCAUUUUUAAAAGGUUUUAAGAAUUUUUUUUCAAUUUUAAUUAAAAAGAUUGCAUUCCCAAAAUUAUCAGAUUCUGUAACUGAAUCAAUCUAUAAUGAUAAAUCAAAUUCAUACAUAAACAUUAAACAUAUAAAGCCAAAAAAUAAUCCCACAUUCUCUUCAUUAUCAAUUUCAUCAACAUUGUUGGAUUUAUAUCAAGGAAAUGUUGAUAAACAAAAUAAACCAGUUUUCUUUGAAAAGAUAACAUUGUUGUCAAUGAUUACAAGUUUAAAAAAUAAACAAGUUAUCGAUAUUGAAUCAUUUUCAAAAGUAUUAUUAGAAAAUAAUAAUUUAGAAAUUGGUAAAUCAAUUGAAAAUAUAUUAUUUUUAAAUAAAAUAAUUUCAACUUGUUCACUAGUUAAUUGUUCAACUAAUACAUCAUCCUCUUCAAGAUCAAUAAAAGCAAUUUUAAAUCCAUCAACAUUUAACAAUACAAUUUCACAAUGUAUUUAUUAUGAUAAAACUAGAAAUCAAUAUUAUGAUUUAACUCCAUUAAUGUUACCAUCAAAUCAAUUUUAUAAUGUAACUAAAGCAUCAGUUACAGGAGGUGCAGUUUUUUUUAAUUUUUGUACGAAAAUUACAAAAUGUGAUUCAAUUGCAUCAACAACCAAACAAUCAGUGGCUUGUCAAUCAACCAUUGAACUAGCUUCUCUUAAUCUUGCACAUACUACAACUUUUCCAACCACUGAUGGUUUAACACUUGCAUAUACAGCACCUGCUACAGGUACUUGCUCACCUUCAAGAAAAUUGUCAUAUGUUUUCGUAUGUAAUCUUGCUCAAGAAAUGUUAGCUGAUGUCACUGUAACUGCCAAUGCAUGUACUUUUACUCUUACCAUUCAAACAAAAUAUGCAUGCAAGAAUCAAGCAGUCUUUUAUUUAAAUGGAGAUCUUUAUGAUUUAAGACCAUUACAAUUAACAUAUCCAAAACAAUUUCAAGUUAGAUUAACACCAUGGAAUUAUCCAGCAGGAGUAAUUAGAUAUGUUUAUUUCAAUAUUUUUGCAAAAUCUAAAAUGUGUGAAAAUACAACAACUGGAUCAAAUCAUGCAUGCUAUAUCGAUAGUACAAAUAGUGGAGUGAUUGUUCCAAUGAAGGAGCCAGUCUAUACAAUUGAAACUCAAGAUUUAAUUAAAAUUCAAUAUUUUAGUACAGCCCCUUAUUUUCCAAGUUGCCCAAAUCCUGUAUUGGAAAUUAAUAUCAAAUGUAAUCCAACAGUUGAUUAUCAAUUCCCAAGUUCAGUUUCUUAUGAAGAUAUGUGUAGUUAUCCAAUUCUUAUUAUUGAAUCAAGAUAUGCAUGUCCAACAAUGCGUUUCUUAAAUGGUAAACAAUUUUAUAGUUUAGAAUCCUUACAAAAACAAUCAACUAAUCCAUAUCAAGUAGCAUUUGGAUCCAAUUAUAAAUUACUUUUUAAUUUUGGUGGUAUUGUUGAUACAUGUGUACAAGCUAUGCCAGCAACAAAUCCAACAAAAAGAAUUCAAGCUUGUCAAAUUCAUAAUACCAAUCAAACUGAUGUUCGUAUAAUUGGUGUUGUUAAUUUAGGUCCAUUCGUUAAAUUCUCUUACAAUUCAAUGACAUUAGAGUAUUUUACAGAAACAUUAACAAGUGAAUGUCCAACCAAUGGCAAUCGUAGAUCUAUUAGAUUAGUAUUAACCUGUAAUCCAACCACAGAUUAUUUAGUAACUAGUGUAGUCGAAAGUCCAUUAUGUGUCUUCCAAGUAAAUAUAGGCUCAAAGUAUGCUUGUGAUUCAUUGAUAUUUUUCAAUGGGUAUAGUUUUACAGAUUUAACACCAUUGAAAUCCCUCCAAAGAUACACUGAUAUCAGUGGUGGUAACACUCUUACUCGUUUAUAUUAUUCAAUUGGUGAAGCUCAUCCAAGUUGUUAUACACAUGCAACUGCCAAUUCAUCAUUAAUUUAUCAAUCAUGUACUUUUCCAAACUCAACAGUUUCACAAAUUGGUGGAUUAAAGAAUAGUUCUUAUUCAUUUAUAAAUGGUGGUAAGAGUUUACAAAUUACCUAUUCAUCAGAUGUUAGUAGUAAAGUUAAAUGUGGCGUUUCCUCAACCCAAACUUUUAAUGCCCUUACAUUUCAAUGUGAUCCAGUAAAUGAAUUUGUUCAAUCCCUAUAUACUAUUCCAAGUGUUUGCUAUUAUGAGGUUAAAAUUAAUUCAUCAUAUGCAUGUUCAUUUCCAAAACUUGAAGAUUCACCCAAAGCUAUAACAUCAAUCUCUCAACCAAACGGUUUUGCCGGUGAUCAGUUAACCAUCAAUGGUGUAGCGCUCCAUCAAACAGAUAAGGUUAUUUUCUCUACACUAUUAUUUGAUGGAUCAGUUCAUAAUGAAGUUGCAACAAUUAUUUCAAAAACAUCAAAUCAAAUCAUAGUUCAAAUACCAUAUGGUUAUAGAGAUUCUGUAAUUUAUCUCAUAUCUGCACUUGGAGUAAAAAGUAAUAGUGUUCCAUUUUAUUUUUCUCCAAAUGUUGAUCUUUUAAUUCCAGAAUUUGAAAUAAAUAAAAUAAAUAAAAUUUAUUUAAUUGGUAAUGGUUUAGGUUCAUUAUUUUCAGCAGUACCAAGUUAUUGGGUAAAUGUAUAUGCCACAAGAAAUUUCACAGGAAGAUUCAAGAGUGAAUUAACUUGUGUUUUUGAUAGAUAUUGUUCUACAGGUGGAUCCCAAUUUCAACCUAUACCUUUACCAAAUGGUCAACCAGGUAUAACAUGUAUUGAAAGUGAAUAUUAUUUAAAUAAUACCUCUCUUAGAUCAAAUUUAACAGAUGUAGUGGUUUGUCUUGAAAUUCCUUAUAAUAUUGGUACUGGUACGAUUGAUGCUAUUGUUUUCGGUCCUGGUAGUCUUUCUCAAGUGUUCUCUUCAUCCUAUAGGUAUAAAGCCCCAACUAUUAUACCACCAAGUAUUGAUAGUAAUGUUAAAUUAGUGGUUCAAAAUGAAAUAAUUACAAUCAAAGGUGCAGGUUUUCCAAAUUACUCCUAUAAUAAAUAUAGUUCAAAUCUUGCAUGGGAGAAAAGCUAUGUUUCAUUUGGACCUUCUUAUCAAUGUUUAAAUGUUGAUUGGAGAAAAACAAAUGAAAUCUAUUGUAAAAUACCACCUGGAAUUGGAUCAAAUCUUUUAUUAUCAGUUACUGUUGGUGAUAUCACCUCUAAAGCCUCUCUAAAUACAACAAAUAAUUAUUAUAUUUCUUAUAAUACUCCAACUUUAACACCAAAUAUUUUAUUUUCUGGUGAACCAAGUACUCCAUCUAAAAUCACAAUCACUGGUAAUUAUUUUAUUCCAAUUGAAUUAGUGGUUGCUGCAACUAGUACUCCAAGCAUAAUCAAUUCAUUGGAAAAUUAUAUAAUGAUUGGUAAUGGUAGAAAAUGUGAAAAUGUUCAAUGGAUUGAUAUAAAUACAGUUAUUUGUACUCCACCAAUUUCAACAAGUUCAAAUCUCGAUCAGUUAUAUCCAAUCUCUAUAACAGUUGGUGGUCAAACAUCAAUUGGUGGUAAUGUAAAUUUUAGAUAUUACAAUGCUUCUUGUUUUUUCCCUUGUAAUUCAAAACCAACCGUAAAUACUCCUUCAAAUUUUGUAUCAACUUUAUAUGAAAAUGGAAUUUGUUCAAAUCAAUUAGAUAAUAAUAAUAUUCCAAAUGGUAAAUCAAUUCAACAAUUAGAACAAUUUUUCAUUGAUAAUUGGACACCAAAUACAAUUAACAAUGAUUGGAAAUCUGGUCAAUUUUAUAAAACAUUCUUUAGAGAACCAAAACAAACCAUUUCAAGCUUAUCUCAAUUUAUUGUACAACAAUCAAAUGAUUCAAUUUGUGCCUACGAUAAUUUAUCAGUUACUCCAUAUAUAUCAGUUCAAGAUUUAAUUACAAUUAGCAAUGAUUUAAAUAAUUUAGUUGAAAAUUCAUUUAAAACUUUAGAAAUCGAAAAUGGAUUCCAAAUUUCCUAUUAUAAUGUAACAAGCAAUUCAAAUGGUAAUGGUCUUGCAAUUGUAAAAAGCAAUGAUAAAUUAUGUAGUUUCGUUGAAAGUUCCUAUGAUGUUCCAAGUUUAAAUCAAGCAUUACAAUUAUGUUUUGAAUCUUGCUAUUUCUAUUUUUGUAAUGAUACUACUCAAAAUUAUCAAAUAUUAUUAGCUAAUUCAAAUGAUUUAAAAAGUAUUCUAUUAAAAUCUGGUAUUUGUUCAAAUGAUAUCGAACAAUAUAAUUUCCAACUAUUAGAAUCCAUACUAUCGAAUCAAUUAUUUUAUAAUGAAUUUGAAAGUGAUUGGUCAAGAGGUCCACUUUUAAAUUUACUUUCAAAUACAUCAAAGGCAAUCAAUCAAAUAUCACCAUUUAUCAAAUUAAAUUUUCCAUUAACAUAUAGUUGUAUCUAUGAUACACCAUCAGCAAGUAAAAUUACAAUUUCAAAAUUAAUAGAUAUAGUUGAUGAUUAUAGAAGAUUAAUUGUUAAUAAAGUUUAUAAUGAAACUAAGGAUUAUGGUGGUGGUAUUUUGAAAUCUUAUUUUUUCAAAUUAAAUAGUGAUAGUAAUACUAAAGGUCUUGUAAUAGUUACUCGUGAUAAUAAGAUUUGUAGUAUCGUUGAUUCUUUAUAUUCAGAUUUUACUUCAGAUUCAGUUAUUACAACUUGUGAUAUGAUUUACUCUAUUACAUCUGUUCAAGUUAUAAACGAUUCAGUUAAACCAUAUAGGGUCAGAUUUGAAUUACUUGGAAAUUUCGUUGGUGAUAUUAAAUUUGGUGAUGAUCAAAUUUGUAAUCUCGUUUCAACAGAAUUUACAGGUCUUUAUGGAUAUAGGGAAUGUUUAUUUGAUGAUAUUAAAAAUUCAGCCACAUUAACAUAUCAAGCAAAUGGUAUUACCAUAGUCGAUGAUUUUAGAUUUAAAUUCCCACAACCAAUAAUUACAAAUAUUGAAUAUUCAACCACACCAUUAGUAAUUGCAAAUUCAGAUAUUACAAUCACAGGUUUAAAUUUAUUUAGAGAUAAUGAUGUAGUGAAUUUUAAAAACUUAAAAGUAAUGAUCAAUCAACUUGAUGUUACAUCAACAAUUAAAGAUUCAACAAUAAACCCAACAACUGGUUUUUCAACAUUUAAAAUCAAAGCAAUUGGUAGGGGAGAGGCAAACAGAAUCAUUGUUUAUUCAGAUGAUUUUGAAAUUCGAACUAAUAAAUCAAUUAUGGGUGUAGAUUUUUCUCUUAUUUAUACUUUAGAAUCACCAAUUUUAUCAUCAUUAUCAAGCACAACAGGUCAACGUGGUGACAUGAUUAAAUUAUUUGGUUAUUUCCCACAAUGUAUUCAAUGUAAUGAAACCAUCAUUUUAUUUGGUGACAAUCAAGUUUCUGAUUUUACAAUUAUAAGUUCAACAGAAAUUCAAGUUAUUGUACCAUAUGGUUUCGAUAAAGUACCCAUAAUAGUAAUGAUUAAUCAAGUUUUCAAUCAUGAUGAUAAUUGGGUUUAUUUUUCAUAUCCACAACCAGAAAUUCAUCAAAUUAUAAAGAGUUCAAGCAUUGAAACCUCAUCAAAUAGUCCAUUUUGGGUUUUUGGUAUUGGCUUAAAUCCACUUCCAACAAAUCCAGAUUCAUUCUUUACAGCUUCUUUACUAUCAACUAUUUACGAUGCUGAUAAUGAUGUAGAUGGUGAUAAUCUUAAAUUGGAAUGUGAAUUUUCAGACUUUUGUUAUAGAAACAAAGUUUAUUAUAUUGAUGGUGGUGAUGGCACUGAAAAUAAUCAAACAAUUCCAAGACCAACUUCUCAAAUUGAUCCAAAUAAUUUUGAUCCAUGUAUAGAGUUGAAAUCUCAAUAUUUUGAGAAUGUAGAAUUUGAUACAUAUGUUUGUUAUUUAAUUCCUGGUAUUGGUAAAGAUUCUGUUGUUGAAAUUCAAAUCAUUCAAGAUAAUGUUUCAAUUAAAAGUAGUUUCAACUAUUCCUAUGAUUUACCAUUAAUUAAUUCACUUGAAAUUUUACAAAGUAAUGGUAGUGAUUCUUCCUCUUCCUCUUCUUCUUCUUCUUUUGAAUUAAUAAGAAAUAGUACAAAUGGUGGUUUAAAUUUAAUUAUUGAUGGUUUAAAUUUCCCACCAACCGAAAUAUUUACAUUGUAUAGUAAUGAAGAUAUUUUUACAGAAAAUGAUUGGAUUCCAAUUGAAUGGUCAGUGAGUAAUUUAUUAAUUGGCGAAUUUGGUUGUAAAAAUAUUAGUUGGAUAAAUUCAAGCACAAUCGAAGCGAUUAUUCCUCCAGGUGUUGGUAAAAAUUUAUCAGUUUCAGUAUUGGUUGGUGGUCAAUUACCAUCUACCAACACUAAUUACUCAUAUUCAUAUGAUUUACCAUCAUUGGAUAAUAAAGAGUAUACAGUAUCAACCGAUGGUAAUAAAUUUAUUACAAUAACAGGUACAAACUUUGUUCCUCUCGAAUUAGCAAAACAAUUUAAUGAAAAUCCAAAUCAAUAUCAAACUGAAAAUUUUGUUGAAAUUACUUUUAAUAAAAGUCAUACACAACAUUGUGUCGGUAUUAAAUGGAUAAAUUCAACAACAUUAGAAUGUAAAGUUUUACCAGGUAUUGGAAAGAAUCAUAGUAUAUCAGUAACAAUUGGUAAUCAACAUUCAAUCUCAAACACAACUUUUUCAUAUAGCAAACCAAUUAUACCAUCAAAUAAAUUUUACUCAUCAUCAACUCAUGGCAAUGAUGAAAUUACAAUUGAAGGUGAUAAUUUUAUACCAAAAGAUUUAGUAAAUCAAUAUAACAGAAACAAUGAAAACAUCAAUGACAAUGGUGAAAAAAUUAACAGUAUAUUCAUUGAUGAUAAAGAAUGUACAUCAAUUGUAUGGAUUAAUUCAAAACAAGUAAAAUGUAAUGUACCAGUUGGUCAAGGAACCAAUUUAAAGAUUAAGGUUAUAGUUGGAUCACAAGAAGUAAUAAGACCAAAUAUUUUCUCAUAUAAUCCACCAAAAAUUAGCUCAAUUGAACCAACAAAAGGUAGAAUAAAUAUCGAUAAUCAAAUCAUCACUAUCAAAGGAACAAAUUUUGGAGUUUCACCAAAGGUACUCAUUGAUCAAGUUGAUCAAUGUUCAAAUGUAUCACUCGUUUCAAAUGAUACUUUACAAUGUACAUUACCAAAAUCAACCAGUGAAGGAAUAAAGUCAAUUUUAGUACAAGUUGAAAACCAACGUUCAAAUUCAAAAGAAUUUGAAUACUAUGGCCCACCAACAAUUGAAAACAUUCAAACUCCAUCAUUUAUUUCAUUUGAUGGCGGUGAUAGAAUAACAUUAAUAGGUAAAAACUUUUUAGAACAUGGUGCUCCAAUCGAUAAUUUAGUUUUGGUAUUACAAAAUCAAAAUAAUAAUAUUUCAAUUAAUGCUAUAGAUGUAAAAAGUACAUCAAUUGUAUUUGAAACUAUAGAAGGUUCAGACUAUACUAAAAUAUAUAUCGAUUUAAAUGGUCAAAUAUCAAAUAGUGUUUUCAUGUUUUAUUCAAAUCCAAAAAUUACCAAUAUCACACCACCAAGUGGUCAAUACAAUCAAGCAAAUACAAUUGUAAUUAGUGGUUAUAAUCUUGCAUUGGAAGAUCAUAAAUCAGAUUUAAAGAUUAAAAUUGGUUCAAAUAAUUGUGGUGAUAUAGCAAUUCAAUCAUCAGAAUCUGUAUCAUGCUCAGUACCAAUCGUUACUAAAUCAGAAUCUGGUACAAAACCUGUUAUUCUAACUUUUUCUCAUCAUCUUUCAACAUCUUCAGAAUAUACUUACACAAAACAAGAUAGUGAAAGUCAAGAAACUAGUGAAAGUCAUGAAACAGAUUCUACCACCACUACUACCACAUUAUCAACAACAACAAUUUCAACUACCACUGGUGGCUCAUCUACAACUACAUCAAGUCAAUCAACUACUGGCCAAUCAUCGUCAACAUCAACAACUGGAAAUCCACCCACAACAAUUAUUAAUACAAUUCCAUUCGGCUUUGUAUUUCCCCCACUUCCACCCCUUCCACCAAUUCCGAUUCCACUUCCACCUCUUCCACCAAUUCCAAAAGGAGACUUCCUAAAGUUUGGAGAGUUUAAAUUUGGACCAUUUGAUUGGGACUUCCCAGGUACAAAUGGAAUUGCCUUACCAAUUUUACCAAUUGGUUUACCAGGUCUUCCUGUUGGUUUAGAUUUACCUUCAAUGGGUUAUCCAUUUGGUUUACCAACAACAGCUCCAUGCGCACCAAGAACUCUUAGUUUAUUGGCAAGAGCUAUUAAAUCUGUUGGUGGAAUCGUUGGAAGAAUAUUUUCACCACCGGUAUUUGAUCUUCCUUUCUUUGAUCCUUGUAAAGAUGAUGAUGGUACUGAUGACAGUGAUGACAGUGAUGGUAGUGAAUAUACAACCUACAAUUCAGCUUCAACAACUACAACUGUUGGUUCAACUACAACUAGUGGAUCAACAACAACUGGAGGAGAAUCAACAACUGGAGGAUCAACAACAACUGGUGGAGAAUCAACAACUGGAGGACCAACAGCAACUGGUGGAGAAUCAACAACUGGAGGAUCAACAACAACAACUGGAGGAGAAUCAACGACUACAACUGGUGGAGAAUCUUCAACGACUGGUGGUGAAACUCCAACACCAUCAAUAACCCCAACUCCAACACCAACAAUAACACCUAUUCCUCUUGACUCAUCCACUGUACUUUGUAACUAUAAUGCUGAUCAAACUAUCUUAACAAUUUUAAACAAUGGCUUAAAUAGAGUUUGUUGUACUGAUGAAAAAGAAUCAAGCUUCUGUUAUUUUGAAAGUAUAGAAUGUAGAAAAAAUAAGCAAAACAACAAUAUUUCAUGUUUGAGCUAUCCAUUAGGAGGUGAAGCAAUUGAUUUCGAUGAAAGUGUUAAAUGUUAUAUUGCAAGUGAAACCGUAUCAUGUUUGUUAUCAAUUUUAGAUCCACUUUCAAUUCCAGAACCAAUAUUACCAAAUCAAAAUUUACAAUGUUUCAUCCACACUAAUGAAACAUAUCCAAGUAUUUCCAUUAAAAAUAUUAGAUCUAAUACCUCUUAUAUUGGUGAUGAUAAUUCAGUUACUCAAAAUAGCUUCUCUUCUGAGCAUAAAUGUGUUAUAAAUACUUUAAACAAUACAAUUGAUUGUUCCGAUGUAAAUAAUUUAGAGCCAACCUUAACAUUUAACAAAUCAUUUAAAGUAUUUAUCGAUAAUAAAAUGAAUUGUUUAAUUGAAAAUCCAUUUUCAUCUGAAACAGGUUCAAGUGAUAAUAGUUCAAACUCCUCAAGUGAUUCAAAUUCAUCAAGUGAUAAUAGUUCAAACUCUUCCUCAAGCAAUUCAAACUCAUCUUCCGAAUAUUCAUCUUCAGGUUCAAAUUCAUCCUCAUCUUCAAGUGGUAGCACCUCAAGUUCAUCAUCAUCAAACAAUAGUAGCUCAAACUCAUCGUCAAGUGACAGUGGUUCAAAUUCUUCAUUAGAAAAUAGUAGCAGUAAUAAUAAUUCAAAUUCAUCAUCAAGUGAUAACGGCUCAAACUCUUCCUCAAGUAAUUCAAACUCAUCUUCUGAAUAUUCAUCUUCGGGUUCAAAUCCAUCAUCAUCUUCAAGUGGUAGCACCUCAAGUUCAUCAUCAACAAACAAUAGUAGCUCAAACUCUUCAUCAAGUGACAGUGGUUCAAACUCUUCGUCAGGAAAUAGUAGCGGUAGUAGUUCAAAUUCAUCUUCAAGUUCAAACUCGUCAACAUCAUCAAGUGAAACACAAAAUAGCUCAGAAUCUUAUGAAAAUAGUAUAAAGUGUAAUUUCGAUACCAACAAAACUACUCUAUUAAUUGAAAAUAUUUUGAAUCAUUCAAUAUCAUGCUCUGAUGAAUUCAAUAAUAAUUUCACAUCCACUGCUCAAAUUACAUGUGAAAUAUUAUUAAAUUAUAAUAAUAAUACAAAUAAUUUCUAUUCCAAUUGCUCUACAAGCGAGAAUGAAUCCUACAUACUUGGUCAAUCCAUUAAAUGCUCAAUUGAUGAAUAUUUGACUUGUUCAUUAAAUUCACCAACUAUUAACAACAAUAGUAGCAGUAUCAAUGGUAGUAGUGGUAUUAGUAGUAGUGAUAGUAGCGUUAACAAUAGUACAAGUAGUGACAACAACAACAAUAACAAUAGCAAUAAUACUAGUAUAGACUCAUCUAAUAGUAAAUCAACAAUUUCAAUCAUCUAUGAUAUUGUAGAUAAAAGUAUGGUUGUAGAAAAUCAAGACAAAGAAGAGAUCAUAUGUUUUGGUGAUUAUACAUCAAUAUUAAUUUAUUCUGAUGAUUUUGGUUGUUCGAUCGUUAUGAUAAAUGGAACAAAUUUAAUUAAAUGUUCAAAUAAUAAUACAGAAACUAUGGAAGAGUUAACCUUUUAUCAAUCAGUAGAAUGUAAAAUUGAUGAUUCAACUCAAUCAUAUUCACUAGUUAUUCCGUCACCACCAAUUGUUGAUCAAGUUAUAGAGUGCCAUUUCAAUUUAAAUCGUACUACACUUGAUAUUGAAAAUAAUGGUAGUCAUGUUAUCACAUGCAGUGACAAUUUAAAUUCUCAAAGAUUCAACUUCUCCAAAGGUAUCGGUUGUAUGACUAAUGAAACAACAAAUCAAAUAUCUUGUUUUAGUGAAAAUCAAACUGCUUUUUUCAAUCAAUCAGUAUCAUGCUCAUUAAACAAAUAUAUGACAUGCUCUUUAGAUGUUGUUUCAUUAUCAUCAUCUUCCUCUUCAUCUUCAUCCUCGUCUGUUAACGGUGGCAAUAAUUCAUCAACACCAACAGUGUCAAUGUCAUUAAACUCUUCCACAUCAGAUUCAUCAACAUCGGCCUCUUCAAUGUCAUCAUCAUCCUCCUCUUCAAUAGAACCUAAUGAAUAUGUAAUUACUAGUAAAUUUGAUAUUAUCAACAAUAGAUUAACACUUGAAAAUCUAUAUAACAAAACAAUCAGCUGUAUUGGUGACCGAAAUGCUACCUAUACUCUAUAUUCAAACUUUAGUUGCACAAUUGUUCCAUUCAAUCAAACAGAAAUUAUCAUAGAAUGUUAUAAUGAAAACUCUUCAAUUUUAACAUUCACAGAAUCUUUUGAAUGUAAUAUUGGUUUUUCAUUGAAAUAUUCAUUAACUAUUCCACAAACUACCCCAACUGAUGAUGAUAUUAAUAGAAGCAAAAGUAGUAUCAAUAACUCAAGUCACACCAAUAAUAAAUCUCAAGAAUUUUAA